AAUAUGGACCAAGUUGCAGCAGGAAUAUUGCUUAUUAAUUCGCAACAUGAAGGCGUCUCACGUUGUUCUCGUCUUGGCCGUCUGUCUUCCAGUCUUGCUAGCCUCACGCAGCAAGAGAUCCCUAUGGGGGCUCAGGUCCCAGAUUGAGUGCACCAUGCCUCACAUCUGGCCCCUCAUUCACUUUGGUGACUAUGGAUGCUACUGUGGCAAGGGAGGCUCUGGAAUACCUGUUGAUGCCCUCGACACAUGCUGCCAAACUCACGACUAUUGCUACGAUGCUGCCAUGGUUGAUAAGGCGUGCACGGCCUACCUGGAUAACCCGUACACGCAUGGCUACCAGCAAACAUGUGACAAGAGCACCAAGACCGUGACCUGUCUCAGUUCCAAUGACAAAUGUCAGAUGUUCAUCUGUGAGUGUGACAAGAAGGCAGCCAUGUGUUUCUCCCAGGCAAAAUACAUCCCAGCUCACGACCACUACAACCAGGAGCUCUGCAGUAAAUAAAAUGAAUACGACCAGGAGCUCUGUAGUAAAUAAGAUGAUCAGGCCCAGGAGCUCUGUAGUAAAUAAGAUGACUAGGACCAGGAGCUCUGUAGUAAAUAACAUUAUUAGGACCGGAAGCUCUGAAGGAAACAACCACAACCUCUGAUCACCCUUUGAGGACACACCUAAUACAUCCAUCGAACACACACACAGUGGGCGAGAAGAUGUUUAGGUGUUCAUUUAUGAAAUUAUUUGUCAAUAAAAUAAUUAAACAGAACUGUCUGUUCGAUUCUUAUUGUUCCUCAUGAAGACACCUUGUUAUUGUUGUUGUAGGUUAUGUGAUAAAUAAGGAGAUGGUGUUUGUUGUUGCACUUCUAGUGUUGGCCUUGCGGGGUUAGCGUGCACGGGGGCAGCUCAGAUCUGUGAUUCUUGGCUAAAUGACAGCUGGCCUGUGCUGAACUGCAGCACUGUGGCUGCUCCUGUGGGAAGGCGGGGCUCUGGCUCACCUGUUGACGAGCAGGUGUUUAAGCGAACCACAGCCGGGGUUUGGGGACAACUUGAGGCAACUUGAACGUAAAAAAAUGAUUUGCCGGGUGAUAUGUCACAAUGCAUUUUGUAAAAGGAUGUUAAAAAACAAAUGCAAAAUAGUAUUGUUGAUGUUUCUACAGCUUUUCUUGAUUUGGAAAGAAAAUGUUCAAAUACACCCUGUUGGACAAU